CAGCAAAGAUGAUUGACCUCGUACUGCUACAAGAAGACAAGGGAGGUGACCCAAAGGUGGUUCGUGACUCGCAGGCCAAGCGAGGUGCACCACCCGAGAUCGUAGACCAAGUCUUGGAGAUGUACAAGGACUGGACCCGCGCCGACUUUGAGCUCAACGGCCUAGCAAAGGAGAUCAAUGCCGUACAAAAGGAGAUCACUGCGAAGAAGAGGGCAAAGGAGAGCGCUGACGAAGAGCUGGAGAAGAAGAAGGACCUUGACAAGAAGGCGGCGGAUCUGCGGCCAGUGGUGGCCGAAAAGGAGAGGGCAAUGAGGGCAAAGGCAGCGACCAUCGGCAACAUCGUCGGUCCAAAGGUCCCUUUGAGUCAGACGGAAGAUGACAAUGCUGUCAUCAAGACAUGGCAUCCCGAAGGUCCCAAUGGACAGGUAGAGAAGAAGACUGAUAUCCUCUCCCACCACGAGGUCAUGAUGCGGCUGUCAGUCUUCGAUCAGGAUCGAGGUGUGAAGGUUGCUGGACACCGAGGUUUCUUCCUGACCGGGGACGGUGUGGAUCUCAACCAAGCUCUCAUCAACUACGGUCUCGACUUCUUGAAGAAGAAGAGCUACACAAAGAUCAUGACACCCUUUAUGAUGAGGAAGGAUGUGAUGAGCAAGACAGCACAGCUAGACCAGUUCGACGAAGAGCUGUACAAGGUCAGCGGCGACGAAGACGACAAGUAUCUCAUCGCUACCUCGGAACAACCCAUCUCUGCUUUCCACUCUGAUGAAUGGUUCGACAAGCCCUCUGAGCAGCUACCCAUCCGCUACGCCGGCUACUCUACCUGCUUCCGGAAAGAAGCUGGUUCGCACGGCAAGGAAACGUGGGGCAUCUUCCGAGUUCACCAGUUCGAGAAGGUCGAGCAAUUUGUCAUCACCGACCCUGCCUCUUCUUGGGACGAGCUGGAUAGGAUGAUUGGCAACUCCGAGGAGUUCUACCAGAGCCUCCAGCUGCCUUACAGGGUCGUAGCGAUCGUGUCCGGAGCCUUGAACAACGCUGCUGCCAUGAAAUAUGAUCUAGAGGCUUGGUUUCCCUACCAGGGCGAGUACAAGGAGCUUGUCUCUUGCUCGAACUGCACCGACUACCAGAGUCGAAGGCUCGAGGUGCGGUGCGGAGUCAAGAAGCAGGGAGACACCAAGAAGACAUAUGUUCACAUGCUGAACGGUACCCUGACUGCUACUGAACGAGCUCUGUGCUGUAUCGUGGAGAACUGGCAGACACCAGAGGGUCUCAAGAUCCCUCCUCCUCUGCAGCCUUACAUGCAAGGCAGGGAUUUCCUUCCCUGGGUCAGGGAGCUUCCCAAGGGCACUACGAGCUCGCAAAAGAAGAAGUGAAGCAGGACGGCAAUCUUGUCUGCUGUGCAUGUCGCGGAUGUAGAGAUUCCGAAGUGGCCAGACAUGCAUGGCCAGGUCGUGAGCUAAUGAGCCAGAGCAGGCCAUAGACAGUCGAAAAUGCAUUGCUUGACAGCAUAUACAACGAGCGGUGUGAGACGGUCGGGCUGAGCGUCGCACGGGCGGUCAGAUGGAUAAUGAGCGAGCAUGAGCGAUGGAACAGGAUUGCUAAUUCUAGUGCAUUAAGUUACAUAUGAUUCUAUUUGCUUGCGCGGACGUCAGCUGCGCGUGUGUCAGCGCCCGGUGUAGGGGCUGACAGGUGGACUAAAUGGCUGUAAAUUCCGUUGUGUUUCGGCGACGAUUUACCCGACUUUUGUGGCCGCGAAUAGUGAGGGCGAACGAACCAGUCCGACUUCUUUGUCUUCUCAUGGAAAAUCUCCUCAGCAAUAUUUGA